CUGUCGAACUUCGUUUUGAUAGGAUGUUUUCUCUCUUCUAUUGAUUCAUGUGCAUACGGUAGCAAGAAAUUUUCAGUGGUUGUAUAGUAAUAUAAACAAAAUAAGCUUUGUCAGUAUGUAACCAUUAUCCUUGUGAACCAAAAAUGCGCGGCAAAUCAAUUGUUUGUGUGAAUUGUUUAGAAAAUAGUUAUUUCAUCUGAAGCAUCAGUUCUGUGACAAGGUUAUCGAUUUUCAACAAAGUUUGGUCAACGGACUGUGAAGUGCUGUUCAUAUUAUUGUUGAUCAAUUUAUCGAUUGAGUCAGGCAGACGCGAUACCUAUCUAUUUCCGAGCAAUAAAUUUGAACAAGAAUGAAAAUCUGUACUGUGAAUCAGAGGCGCAAAAUUUGAAUUUCGGUUUGAAGUUGCUAAACGUACUACAAGUAAUAAUGUUUGUGGACCUUAUUUGAAUUAGUGGUGAAAUCUUAACGAGGUCAUCAACAUCAAUAUCGCUGCUAAAACAAAACAUAAUGGAUCUCUGCAAGCGACAUAUGACCUUCGUCAUGAUGCAACCUAAUCUCGCGGCAUAUCACUGUGCGAUAUGUUUACUCAAGCAAAAUCCAUUAGAAACAUUGAGCGGAGAAACGAUUGCCAGAAUUGUUGCGCAAGGCCGUCCCACCCCGGCGCUUCCAGGCCUGUCAAAGGAAUGUCGUUACAAGGGAAAAGUGUUCACGAGGCGGUACAAAAAGGAUAACUACUUCCGUUACAAUUGGCUUUCUGGCUGUUGUAUUGAGAAUAAGCUGUUUUGCUGGCCCUGCUACAUCUUUACGACUGAUCCUACGGACACCUGGGGUUUCAAGGGUUUCGACGGUUUGAGCAAUUUUAGCAAUUCGGUCAAGACUCAUGUGAACCAGGAACUACACAUACUGAACGUAGAGAAAUUCAACGUAUAUGCAUCAGACGAACAUAAGAUCGGGCCCGUAAGGUUACCGAUGCCAUCCUUUACAACGGUUUGGAAGGAAGUAGACAUUCAUCCUGAUAUUCCAUCAAUCGCUCGUACACAUCAGUAUACAGAAGUUGCGCAUGAAGAAGAUGACAAUGAUGAUGAAAAUGAGGAAGUGAUUCCACAGGCCGAUGUGAUGGUUCAACUGGUAGACAAAGAAGAUUCUCAGAACGCAGAAUGCUACGCAAGAGACACAGAUUCACAGGCAGGAUCUGGCGCGGAAAAGUAUCAACUGAAAUGGCACUCGCAUCAACAGAAUCUCAAUUCCUCGAUAUCCUUUCUCUACAAAAACGAUCGGUAUGCAGAUGUGACACUAAUAACUUGCAAUAACGAAGAAAAUUUUGCCAUACCAGCACACAAGCUGGUUUUGGGAACUUCCAGUACGUAUUUUUCCAACAUUUUCGAUAAAAGCACUGUUCCUGCGAAUGCAAUGAUGUAUAUUGUACUUCCACCUGAACUAACCAAACGGGCCAUUCAAACCCUAGUACAGUAUAUGUACACAGGAGAAUCAACUGUAUCCGUGGACAUUCUGAACGAAGUGCUACGAGGUGGAGAAAUCCUAAAGAUUCGCGGUCUCUGGCGGAAUCAAGCCGAAGCGACGACAAAUGGUGAUCAGCAAGCACCCAAAGACAGUCCCGCAGCCCGUCCUCGACCGGAACGUAUGUCGGUGGAUCGUAUUCCUUUACAAGAGCUGCGAGUUGCGCAAAAUCCUGCAACGGCACACGACAGCCCGGUCAUAGUUACUACUAAUAUGACAAAAAGUCAAACAGCUCAAGUGCCCGCGAGUUCAUCCGCGCCGACGAUCAAUGUGAACAAGAAUGUUGCCAUUGAUCCAGGCGAAAGAAGCGGUAGAAUUCACAAUGAGCACACACGUCGUAUUCCCAGCUCUACUAGAAUUUCUAUCGUCAAACCGUCGUCUUCGUCGUCAUCGGCUAGUGCAGGAACCUCACACAGUAUUGGUACCGGCGGACCCCAGACGAUGCCGGAAGAACUUAACUUCCUCAACGUGAAGGAGGAACCCAUCGAGUGGUCAGACGUGAACGCGGAUGAGAUCAGUAUGGAUAAAACAGAUAUGCCGAUGGUUAAAGUGGAAAUAAACGAAACUGGAAAUGUCGCUGAAAGUAGCCGAAGCCAGGAACAAAUCUACUCUCCGUUGACGUGUGAGUUGUGCAGCGAAACGUUUACCGUGCCCGCCGAAUGGGUGCGCCACAUUGAGAGCCAUACCGAUCCACCGCAUACGGUAUCCAAACGAAGGAGGCGCAUUGAAGAUGACAACGAUGCUGACGUGACUGCUGCUCUGAAAUGUGAUCUCUGCGCCAUGUACUUUGUGACUCCGGCCGAAUGGGUACGCCAUGUGCAGAGCACGCACACCGAAACGGAACUGGCCAUUUCCAACAACAGCAGUUUCCCGCGAAGAAAUUCUAAAUCCAUUGCUUCCGAUUCGCAGCACGCGGCAACAUCGGCAGCUCAACAGCAGGAGAAAACAUGUUCCAUUUGUAAGAAAAGCUUUCCUUCCUAUGCCAGCAUGUUGAUUCACAAGCGAACUCACACAGGAGAAAGGCCAUUCUACUGUGACAUUUGCAAUAAAGGGUUCAACGUGAAGUCUAAUCUACUGCGACAUAUGCGAACUUUGCACAACCAUCAGGGCAGCCAGUCUCCUGCAUCAGGUGAUAGUCAUGGAUCAGACUAGGGUUAGAGUCGCAUUGCUAAAAUAAUGCCGGAGGAUUGCAUUUUACUUCUCAAUUACAAUUAAAUCUGUCUUCUCUCCAACUGGUUCAAACCAGUCACCAAUACAUGCUAAAACGCUUUAUGUAUUUACAUCUACCUAAACGUAAGCGAACUGUGUCGUUCAUCUCGAAAAGUUAUAAUUUUCAUGAUUGUAAAAAAAAAAACAACCAGAAAGUUCCCACAGAAUUUGUAUAAAGAGUAAAACAAGAAAUUAUCCGUUCCACCAUUUGGAGUGACAAGAGAAAGGACAUUUAUCGUUCUUUUCUUUCAUAAUAAUGUUAGUGAGGCUGAUUUUCUUAUCAGAGUAAGGUAAAUAUAACUUUUUUAUUUAUCAUUCA